GCAGUGCAUUAUGUCUGAGGAAAACAAAUCGGAAAUAACGCCGCUGACGGACGGAAGUUUGCAUGUUCAAGAUGGCGCUGGACGGGAUCGAGCAAAUGGAUAUUGAGGACAGUAAAGGAGGCACUGGUCUCCGACAGUAUUACCUGUCUAAAAUUGAGGAGCUUCAGUUGACAGUGAAUGAUAAAAGCCAAAAUCUCAGACGUCUGCAGGCUCAAAGGAACGAGUUAAAUGCCAAGGUGCGCCUCCUGCGUGAAGAGCUUCAGUUGCUGCAGGAGCAGGGGUCUUAUGUAGGAGAGGUGGUGAGAGCCAUGGACAAGAAGAAAGUGCUGGUCAAGGUGCAUCCUGAAGGAAAGUUUGUAGUGGAUGUGGAUAAGAACAUUGAUAUAAAUGAUGUAACUCCCAAUUGCCGUGUAGCACUUCGAAAUGACAGUUACACACUUCACAAAAUCCUGCCAAACAAAGUUGACCCGCUCGUCUCACUGAUGAUGGUGGAAAAAGUGCCAGAUUCAACGUACGAGAUGAUUGGAGGGCUGGACAAACAGAUCAAAGAGAUCAAGGAAGUGAUUGAGCUUCCAGUUAAGCACCCAGAAUUGUUUGAGGCUCUAGGAAUUGCGCAGCCUAAGGGUGUGCUGCUGUAUGGACCACCUGGAACUGGAAAGACCCUGUUAGCCAGAGCUGUGGCCCAUCACACCGACUGCACCUUCAUCAGGGUGUCUGGAUCAGAGCUGGUGCAGAAAUUCAUAGGAGAAGGAGCUCGUAUGGUGCGUGAGCUGUUCGUCAUGGCCAGGGAACAUGCGCCCUCCAUCAUCUUCAUGGAUGAGAUCGACUCCAUCGGCUCGUCUCGGCUGGAGGGUGGAUCAGGAGGAGACAGUGAGGUGCAGAGAACUAUGCUGGAGCUCCUCAACCAGCUGGAUGGGUUUGAGGCCACCAAGAACAUCAAGGUUAUCAUGGCAACAAACCGUAUUGACAUUCUAGACUCUGCACUUCUUCGACCAGGCCGCAUUGACAGGAAGAUUGAAUUUCCCCCUCCCAAUGAAGAGGCUCGUUUGGAUAUUCUGAAGAUCCACUCCCGUAAGAUGAACCUGACGCGUGGUAUUAACCUGCGCAAGAUUGCCGAGCUGAUGCCAGGACUUCUUCGACCAGGCCGCAUUGACAGGAAGAUUGAAUUUCCCCCUCCCAAUGAAGAGGCUCGUUUGGAUAUUCUGAAGAUCCACUCCCGUAAGAUGAACCUGACGCGUGGUAUUAACCUGCGCAAGAUUGCCGAGCUGAUGCCAGGAGCGUCUGGUGCUGAGGUCAAGGGUGUCUGCACAGAGGCAGGGAUGUAUGCUCUGAGAGAGAGGCGAGUCCACGUUACCCAAGAAGAUUUUGAAAUGGCAGUAGCAAAGGUGAUGCAGAAAGACAGUGAGAAAAACAUGUCCAUCAAGAAGCUCUGGAAGUAAACAUUAGACAAUGUAAUGUGCACUUUUUUUGUGACUUUAAGUUGCUUCGUCACCCAAAUGUAUUCAAAAUAAAUUGUUUCUCACUUAGCA